AUGCCGCCACUCACCUUCCUCCUCCUGCUGCUGCCGAUCGCCGGCGUGGCUUCCUCCCCUGCGCCGGCAGGCUGCCCCAACUAUGCCUGCGGGAACGUCGCUGUCCGCUACCCCUUCUGGGUCGGCAACGACACGGGCGCGCAUUGCGGCUACACUGGCUUCGGGUUGGAGUGCCGCCACGGCACGCCCGUGCUCCGCCUGCCGUCGGGCGAGUACGGGAUCACCAGCAUCAGCUACGGCAGUACACCGGCAAUAUCCGCCUUCGACAUCGCCCUCCUAAACGCCACGUGCCCGGACGUCGCCGGCCGAAGCCUCCACCUCCUGCCGGGCUCGCCGCCGCCCCUGUCGCUCACGGCGAGGAACACAAACGUGAGCUUCCUCCUCAACUGCACGUUCACGUUCAGAGGGGUCUCCCGCGGGCACCUCAUCCCGUGUCUGUUGGACCGGCACAACGUUACCUUCUCCUUCUACAUCCCCGACGGUUGGCUACCUCCGCACGAGCAGGCCCGGCUCUGCCAGGAGGUCGUCACCAUGCCGGUGCUGGGCAUAGGCGACGACGUCCUGCUGGCGCUCAGAGCAGGGUUCGAACUCACCUGGGCGCCGGCGGCUGGAGGGCCGUGCCGAUCCUGCGAGCAAGCCGGUGGCUUCUGCGGCCAGCGCCGUGGGCAGUUCAACUGCUUCACUGCAUCCAAACAUGAAGGCAGGAAGGGGAUUACUGUUAGGAUGUAUGUGUACAUCGCAGUCUUUUCUUUCAUACUCCUCGGUGGUUUCACUGCAUGUUACUGCACUCACCGUGAUAAGAAGAAGCGCCAGGCGGAAGCGGAAGCCGAAGCCGAAGCCGAUACUCAUGGCUUUCUGCAGGACAGAGGUAGUAUUGAGAUGCAAGAAAUUCGGCUUCUUCAUCCAUAUCGUCAGAAUAGGACUACUCGUGAUGAUGAGAUUGAGUCUCAGGUCAGCCCAUCUAGCAGCUCGGGUGAUUAUGGUGGCAAGGAUGAUGAAGAUGAGGCAGCCGCAGCUUCUCAGCAUCGUCGCGGGAAGGAGCCUGUUUAUGGCUGAGCGCUAGAUUCUUCUAUAUUGUUGCACUGGUCAACACAAGCAGAACUAGUUUCCCCUGUUUUUCUGUUAUGCAGACUUGGUUCUUUGUUUUAGAUGUUUCAUUCGGGCGAGGCUCUGUUUCAUGAUGAUCAUCCUCUGCCAUCUCUCUACUUUUUAUGUUCGCUAUGAACCUUAGCUGUGUGCGGGGCCUGGCCUUGUUUUUACUUUCCCUAAAAUGAACACUGUAAAGUUUCAUUUCAUAUGAAAUGGAGCUGGGGCUGAACUAAAAAAAGAGGUCCAAGAGCAACGUG